AUGGGAGAUUAUAAUCAACGUAGCGGUAAUCCACGCAAAAUAGUUGCCAAAUUUGCCUUCUACAAAGAUAGAGAAAUGGUGCGUCGCCUCAGAACCAAGCUUAAUGACACUCAGUUUUAUCUUCACGAGCAAUUUCCACCGGAAAUUGUAGCACGGAGAAAAUCACUCUUACCGAAACUUAAAAAUGCCAAAAAACAAGGCCGUCAAGCUUGGUUAGCCUACGACACGCUUUUUAUUGACGGGGUACCAGUAAGCGAUAAAGAGUCCGAAGAGUCCGACAGAAGCCAGAUGCAGAACGGGAACCGGAAAUAUACAAGUAAAGACGACGUUCACCGAACGCAUUCAUCACCAAAACAUAGAAUAGCAGGACAACUUGCAAGGGACCCAGCAGACACCGAGCAAAAACGGGACGGGAGAGGAUACGGACGUAAAACGCUUUUAUGGUUGACGUAG